AUUCCUCUUUGCCGCAGGGAUUUGAUAUGAUUCUAUAGUCUAUAGGGUCAAAUGGAGGAAUAUAAUUUCAUGGUUGAAUGGUGCCUCAUUUUUUUUUGUCAAAUUCAUUAUUCACAGGAGAACAUUUGGGUUGUCCUUCUCUUGUGUUGUUAAUGGAAAAGUUUACUCCGCGAAAACUACCCACCAUUGGCACUGCAAAAAAGAACUGCGACAGUUCUACCGCUGCUCAAAAGGGUCUUGUAUAUGAGGAGCUCAAUGGUUUACUUGGAUUACAAAGAAGAGGUUUCGAGAGUGUAGCGGGGUUCUUGGAUACUUCUCCUAACAAGAGAUGUGAACUAGAAGGAAAUUGUAGAGCUUAUUCGAAUGGUAAUGAAGCUUCACCUGGAUCAUCUCCUCAUGUGUUAAAUUCCCCACAUCCAUGCUACCAUGGUCUAGAUGUUCAAUGCAAACCGUUGUCGAGGAAAAUGAAAUUUCUAUGCAGCUUUGGAGGAAGAAUUGUUCCUAGGACAAAUGACGGCAGGCUUAGGUAUGUGGGGGGAGAGACUAGAAUCAUAUCGAUUAGGAAGAACUUGACAUAUAAUGAACUAGUGAAAAAGACUAGAGCUAUUUGCAAUCAUCCACACACAAUAAAGUACCUGCUUACUGGUGAGGAUCUUGAUGCCCUUAUAUCCGUGACGUCCGAUGAGGAUCUCCAUAACAUGAUAGAGGAAUUUCACAAUCCGGAGCACCUUACUGAUUCUAAUGCUUGUUGGGAAGAUGCAACUUCAAAGCGCCGAGUCAGCAAAAACACAAACUUCGCUACACAAUCUAUUAUGCUUGAGCAAAGCCAUGCCCUUAACUCUAAUGCCAGGGGCAGUAUAGGAAAUAUUGCAACAUCGGUCUCCAGAGAUAGAGCUAGCUUGAAUUUAUUAGAUCCCCGUGCUAGUGACAUAUCAUUACACAAUUCAGCUUCGGGUGCUCCUUUUAGAGAAGAUAUUGCUGUCUGUUUGGACAUGUCCAAUGGUAAACAGAAGGAGCAAAGCUCUGAUGGAAUUUCCAACCCAAAACAUGUUUCUGGGAAGGACACAUUUUUUGAGUUUCAACUCUCAGAUAAUACUAAUUGCUCUGGGGUCCCAAAAAUGAGCAUUAUUGUGCAAGAUGCUACUGAUAACUUGUCCCCUGAUGGACACCCUUCUUCACAUGUUGCCCCUCAUGAGCAAUAUGAACCCAACAAGAAACUUCAACCCAUUGGAAAAAUCAGAGAGGCUGAUAGUGUUUGCCAAGAACCUGACUAUAAGGACGAUAAAGUUGUUGGCGAUCAUGAGGGUUACUCUAUCAGUGAUGCUACGGGCGUUGAAACAGAGGCCGGGUUAUAUGGCUUUCAGAUUAUAAGAAAUAGUGAUCUUGAGGAGCUACGUGAGUUGGGUUCUGGUACAUUUGGCACCGUACAUCAUGGGAAAUGGAGGGGGACAGAUGUUGCUAUCAAGAUGAUAAAAAAGAGCUGUUUCACUGGCAGAUUAUCUGAGCAAGAACAGCUGACCAAAGAUUUCUGGAGGGAGGCUCAGAUUCUUUCCCAACUUCACCACCCAAAUGUAGUAGCAUUCUAUGGCGUGGUCCCUGAUGGUCCUGGAGGAACAAUGGCUACAGUUACUGAGUACAUGGCUAAUGGAUCACUGAGGCAUGUACUUCUAAGGAAGGACAGAACUCUUGACAGACGAAAAAAGCUCAUGAUUGCAUUAGACGCUGCAUUUGGUAUGGAGUACUUGCAUAUGAAAAACAUCGUUCAUUUUGACUUGAAGUGCGAGAACUUACUCGUCAAUUUGGGAGAUCCUCAGCGGCCUGUGUGCAAGGUUGGUGAUUUUGGACUGUCAAGAAUAAAACGGAAAACCCUUGUUUCGGGUGGUGUUAGAGGAACCCUUCCAUGGAUGGCACCUGAGCUCUUAAAUGGGAGCAACAGUCGAGUUUCCGGAAAAGUUGAUGUUUUCUCAUUUGGCAUUACAAUGUGGGAAAUCUUGACCGGAGAGGAGCCUUUCGCUAGCAUGCACUGUGGCGAAAUCAUAGGUGGCAUUGUAAAUAACAAUCUCAGGCCUCCCAUCCCUCAACGGUGCGAUUCUGAGUGGCGAAAGUUGAUGGAAGAUUGUUGGGCAUCUGAUCCAGGGGCAAGACCGUCAUUUACUGAAAUAAAAAACCGAUUGCGUGCCAUGUCUUCAGCUUUCCAACCGAAAACGAGAGCCCUGGUAGCCGACCCUGCACUCUAUCGCUCCAUCGUUGGAGCCCUCCAGUAUCUCACAUUCACUAGGCCAGACAUAUCCUACUCUGUUCAGCAGCUCUGUCUCCAUCUUCACGCCCCUCGAGAUGUCCACGUCACAGCUAUGAAGCGGGUCCUAAGCUAUCUCCGCGGCACCUCCACCUACGAAAAGCAAUCGGCGAACUCUUCUCGCCGGUCUUCUGUCUUCCCCUUCGCCUUUCCGCUAUUCAAUGCAACCGCCGGAGUGCCAGGUCGCAAGCGCCGCAGCGGCAUCCCCUGACCGGCCUGACGCCGUCGCCCGGCCUUCCACCGGGAUUCAGCCACUCUUCCGCACUCUCAGGCCUCAAGUCCUCAGCAGGUUCUAAUUCUGGUUUUAAUUUAGUAAUUUGUCAUUUGGGUCUUUGUUGAGAGAUUACUGCUCCGUAUUUAUCACUUCCCCAAAUUUAGUGUUUCGUGCUCAAUUAAAUCGUGGGUCGCUAA